AUGCGUGCGAACCUCUUUCUCCUGGGCUGCCUGACAGCAGGCUCCAUGGCAGCGCCAACCCUCCUCAACGACAUAUACGACUAUUCGUCGGACUUAGCCACCUACCUCGGAAAAGUGAGCAAGUACAUCGAGAGCACGGGAGAAGAACUCAUUAAGAGCGCCAACUCAUGCGAUACAUCCAAAAUUUCUCUUCCAUCAUACGCGUCCAGCCUGCCCUCACCAUCCGGAUUGAGUCCGAUCUAUGUGGCAGUCGGCCGUGGCACCCAGAACUACACCUGUGCCACCUCGACCUCGGACUCAACGCCCCAAGCCAUAGGUGCAGUGGCGCGUCUUUACAACGCGACCUGCAUCGCGGCCAAUUACCCGGACAUGUUGUCGUUACUCCCGGGUAUAGUGUACAAGGAACAGUUGCCCAGUAACGAGGAGGAUCCCCUCCCGCCGGCGAACCUUGAACUCUUGGGUCACCAUUUCUUCAGAGAUACGACUACCCCGGUUUUUAAUCUGGAUACUUUGCCAUCUCGGCAGUAUGGGAUUGCGAUCACGAAGAAACAAGACUCGCUUGAUGCUCCAUCGAGUGCUAUUCAGGGUAGCAAUGGGGCUGUCCAGUGGCUUUACCUGACCACUAUCAAUGGUACAGUCGGUGAGUAUAAAGCGGUUUAUCGAGUAGACACGGUUGCCGGUUCAGCUCCGAAGACCUGCCAGGGGAUGCAGUCGGUGUUCACUGUUCAGUAUGCGGCCAAUUACUAUUUCUAUGGUGCAUGA